CAUUGCCAAACGUUCUCUUUACGCCGUGCGACUGGAAAGUUGUUGAUUUAUUUGGCAUAAUAAACUAAUUCAGAUUCAAGUGCACUGUAAUCUAGAGCUAUUCUCAGAAGAUAUAUCAAGAAUCAUUCUUAACCUUUAAACACUCAAGAGUUCUAUCGAGGGGUCAAUCGGGGGUUGUGCGAGAGCUCCGGAGCAUGUCGUUGCCGAAGCGGGAGGUGGAGGAACUCCGGCCGUGGGUUGAACGUACGGUGAAGAAGGUUCUGGGCUUCUCCGAACCUACUGUUGUGACAGCGGCACUACAUUGUGUCGGCAAGGGGUUAGACAAACGGAAGACCACAGACCAACUGAGACCCUUCCUAGAUGAAUCUGCUGGAGGUUUUGUUGAACGCCUCUUCGAAGCCCUAGAGGAAAGUAGAAACACCCGUGGUAACAAGGGGGGUGGUGAACGGAACCGUAAGAGAGACCUCAAGGAUGUGUUUGGGGAUGAGAUGGAGGCCAUGAAGGAGGCCCCUGAGGCAGGCGACUCGGCUGCCAAGAAGAAGCGAGUUCCCCGCUUCGAGGAGGUGGAGGAGCCUGAGGUCAUUCCAGGGCCGCCCGCCGAAAGCCCCGGGAUGCUCACCAAGAUGCAGAUUAAGCAGAUGAUGGAGGCUGCUACCAGGCAGAUUGAGGAGAGGAAGAAGCAACUCAGCUUUGUGGCCCCCGUUCCUGUUUCCCAGACCCGGCUGCCCCUUCCCACCCCGUCCGCCCAGUCUGAGCUUAGGUUGCCCCUGCCCACCCCGCCGCAGUCCUCCAUGGGCAUGUCCCAGUCCAUCCCACCCUCGCAGGCGGCCAGCAUCAUGAACGACGCCAUCGAGAAGGCGCGCAAGGCGGCCGAGCUGCAGGCCCGCAUCCAGUCACAGCUGGUGGCCAAGCCGGGCAUCCUGGGUGCGCUGGGCAACGCUGGCUCCCAGAACCUGGUGGCGCUCGCCAACCUGCACGCUAUGGGCAUUGCCCCACCCAGUAAGGUGGAAGCCCGUGAGGUGACCAAACCCACGCCUCUCAUCCUGGAUGACCAGGGACGCACUGUAGAUGCCAGCGGCAAAGAGGUGGAACUCACCCACCGCAUGCCCACACUCAAAGCCAACAUCCGCGCGGUGAAGCGGGAGCAGUUCCGCCAGCAGCUGAAGGAGCGUCCAGGAGAGGACUUGGAAUCCACCUCAUACUUUGACCACCGCGUGAACAUCCUGCCCGCCCAGCGGCCCAGGAAGGGCUUCAAGUUCCACGAGCAGGGCCGCUUUGAGAAGAUCGCCCAGCGCAUCCGUACCAAGGCCCAGCUUGAGAAGCUGCAGACAGAAAUCGCUCAAGCUGCCAAGAAGACGGGCAUCCAGGCGUCCACUAAGUUGGCGCUGAUCGCACCCAAGAAGGAGCUGGGCGAGGACGAGGUGCCCACCAUCGAGUGGUGGGACUCUUACAUCCUGCCCUCUAACAUCGAACUAAGUCCACACACCGUCUUUGAUGAGAUUGAGUUAUUUGGUGUGACGAACCUAGUGGAGCAUCCUGCACAGAUGAGUCCUCCUGUUGAUGGGGACAGGGGCGCGGUGACUCUGGGCGUGUACCUGACCAAGAAGGAGCAGAAGAAGCUGAGGAGGCAGACCAGGAGAGAGGGCCAGAAGGAGGUGCAGGAGAAGGUGCGACUGGGCCUCAUGCCCCCUCCAGAACCCAAAGUGCGGAUCUCUAACCUGAUGCGGGUGUUGGGAACGGAAGCGGUGCAGGACCCCACCAAAGUGGAGGCCCAUGUCCGAGCACAGAUGGCCAAGAGGCAGAAAGCUCACGAGGAGGCCAAUGCAGCACGUAAGCUCACAGCAGAACAAAGGAAAGAGAAGAAAGUGAAGAAGCUCAAGGAGGACCUCUCUCAAGGCGUUCACAUUGCAGUGUACAGGAUCAGAAACCUACACAACCCUGCCAAGAAGUUUAAGGUGGAGGCCAAUGCCAACCAGCUCUACCUCACCGGGACGGUGGUCCUGCACAAGGACGUCAACAUUGUGGUCGUGGAGGGAGGUCCAAAGUCCCAGAAGAAGUUUAAACGGCUGAUGAUGCACAGGAUCAAAUGGGACGAGGGCAACUCCAAGAGAGAUGUUGAGGGAUUAGAUGACGAGGGACUGAAGAAGAAGAAUAAGUGCGACCUGGUUUGGGAGGGAACAGCAAAGGAGCGUAGUUUUGGAGACCUGAAGUUUAAGCAGUGCCCCACAGAGAACAUGGCUCGGGAACACUUCAAGAAACACGGAACCGAACAUUACUGGGAUCAGGCCCUGAGCCAGAGUGUGCUGGAGUGCGGCGACGACUGAGGGAACAGAACCCCGCGGAACAGCUAGAACGUUUGGCCGUGGGGGGCCGGGGGCUGCAGACUGGCACUGCGUCUCAGAGACUGACCCGCAGAUAGAGACGGAGGGGUGUGUGUGUGAGUGUGUGGAUGCAGAUGUAUGGAACUGCAAGCUUACCUUUUCCUGUGCUAAUGUCAGUUGGACAGUAUGUGUUUUUUUGUUUCAUUUCUGCAAGUACUGCGUCAGUGAUGCAAUGAUGUUCAACAAAAUUGUCAGAGUGUGUGUGUAAUCAGUAAUCCUUUUAUUGCGUCGUGUGUGAGAGAGAGAGCUUGAGUGUGUGUGUGAGGGGAAACAAUCUGUCUUUUGUGUGGUGCUAAAUGUACUCGCUUGUAGCCUGUCUGUAGAAGUCUCGCCUCCUCUUGAAACGGCACACCAACACCACUCUUCUGUCAUGUUGAAUUAUCACAUGUGUACCUCACACACCUGUUUUGUACCAAGAUGCCGUGGCAACCAAGUCCAUCAGUGUGUGGUUUGGGAGAAGCAUAGUGUUACAUCACUGUGCUUGAUGUGAGGUAGUUUUCCAAAUUGCAACGUUCAAACUGAACAAAGUGUUGGCAAAAAAUGGUUUGUAGUGUUUUAGACUUAUCAAAAACGUUGACUUUGUUUUUUUUGGUUAUAGUAUUAGUCUUCCCAUUUUUUUUUUUUUUUUUUUUUUUUUUUUUUCAAAUGCCAAUUGUGACCUACUGGUGGUCCAUGUACACAUGUAAAUAUACCUUAGCUAACAACUGUGGAGAGGAUCAUUAAAAAGAAAAAGAAA